UAAAAGAUGAAGAAAGGAAACAGGCAGUUAGUUGCCUGCUGAAUGCUUCGCCUGAAAACUCUGCCACAUCACAAAUCACAUUAUUGUUUUUUCAUUUCCGAUCUCCAAUCUCCGCUUUCGUCACUCUCUUGUAACUUUUCGGACAUUUAGUUGUUUGUCUAUUUGUGUGUCUGAUGUCUUCUUACAGCAAUUCAAACCCGGAGAACUACAGUUCAUCCAGCGGCGUGAACACGCCGGAGCUCAAACUAUACCAAGCUUUUAUCUUCUCCGUCCCAAUCUGCUUCACUUUCAUCAUCCUCUUCGUAUUCUACGUCAUUUACCUCCGUCGUGGCAGCGCCGAUUUGUCUUCCCUCGGAAUGCGAACUACUUUCCUCCCCGGAAACUCCAUCUCCACGGCUGAGUUAGGGUUAAGCAAAGAGCUGAGAGAGAUGCUUCCCAUUGUCGUCUUUAAAGAGAGCUUCUUUGUAAUGGAUUCACAAUGUUCAGUGUGCCUUGGUGACUAUCAAGCAGAUGAAAAACUUCAACAGAUCCCGGCAUGUGGACAUACUUUUCACUUGGACUGCAUUGAUCUUUGGCUCACCUCACAUACCACUUGCCCUCUUUGCCGUCUCAAUCUUAUCCCGAACCAAUCUCAUCAAAGCCAAGAAGAAGAUCCUCCUGUUCCCAGUCCUAGGAUCCCUGAUGGAGGAGUAUCAAGUGACCCGGAACCUCAGCCAGACGACCACGGAAAUGAUGUCCAAGAGCAACAAUGUGAUCCAAAUGAGAAUGAUCGAGAUACAGAGAGCUCUAAAGAAACGCAAGAAGAUGAACGAAACAUCAUCGGUACAUCAAGUGGUGGUGGUAAUUGUAAACUUGGUUAAAGAUUUAGAGCUUGUGUUCAGUCCUUCAUGUAACUGUAGAGUUUGUAACAUUAGUGCGUUAGAGCUUGAUUCAUAGAAGAAGCAGACACUUUGGUCUUGAUGUUGGAAUCAAACAUUUGAAAAAUGACCUCUCUUUCCACUAGG